AGUAAACAAAAAGUUGAAAGACAGAGGCUCUAUAUAAAAUAAUACAAAAUAUGUCCACACCGCAUGAUGAAGAUUUUAACAAAUGAUGGUGAAUUGAAUGUUAAGUAUAUAGCCUAGAAGCAUAAUCAUUGAAAAAAUGUAUAGUUAUAACCAAUUAAAAGUUAUUCCCAAUAACAAAAAUGUAAAAAAGAAUAUUACCAGUAUUUUGAAUGAAAAGAUUGACCAAUGGAUAACUUCUUGGGUCAUGAAUUCAUAUUGAUCCAGAUUAACAUUUGGUGAAUUUGUACGAUCCUAGGAUUUUGUGGGGAAUCCCCAAGAUUUAUCAAAAUUAUAUUGGAAUUCAGAUAAAAUUUAUCGGAAAAUCAGAGAUAUGGAUGACAUUUAUCCUAAAGAUUGUACGAAUUCACCAAUGUUCGGAUAAAUUCCAAGAUUAAUCCCACAAUGCAUCAUUACCAUGACGAGAUUUAUCGUACCACAGAUCGUACAAAUUCACAGCCGCCCAUCCCAUCAAAAAUAAACCAAUCUUUUUUGUGAAAUAAAUGCAUUUCUGUCUAACUAGUUAAUACUUUAUGGGCAAUCACCAUAUUGCAUAAAAAUUGCCAGAAGGAAAAAUUCCAUGUAAUAUCCCCUAGAGUAUAACACAAUACAAUUAUAUCUUUGGGAAUUAUUGGCUGAUUCUAGCAUUUGCUGAUGUUCUACCAUUAUGUAAUUUAUGUCUCUCAAGAGAGAAACAAGAGUGUCAAUGUAUCAAUCCACAUUCAAAAGAAAAAAUGUUCUGUUUCACAAAAAUGGCAUGCCAAAUGUCAUCAUGUCAGACAUACAGGAUGUCCCAAAUAUCAAUAACAUACAGAAUGUCCCAAAUAUCAAUCACAUACAGGAUGUCCCAAAUAUCAAUCUACAUACAGGUUGUCCCAAAUAUCAAUCACAUACAGGAUGUCCCAAAUAUCAAUCACAUACAGGAUGUCCCAAAUAUCAAUCACAUACAGGAUGUUCCAAAUAUCUAUCACAUACAAGAUGUCCCAAAUAUCAAUCACAUACAGGAUGUCCCAAAUAUCAAUCACAUACAGGAUGUCCCAAAUAUCAAUCUACAUACAGGAUGUCCCAAAUAUCAAUCACAUACAGG